AUGGCCGCCCACCAGACCCCGUUCUACUGCCUCUGGCAGAAGGAACACGCCCACCUAGGCGCCGCAGUCCUCGACCUCCUCCCAAAACGCGACAUCGCCGCCCUCCGCCUCGCAAGUCCAGCCUGCUGCAACAUCGCCACGAAACCCCUCUUCAAGCGCGUCCGCGUCACAUUCUCCGCCAACACCUUUACCAAGCAAUCCCGCAUCCAGGCCCUCGCCCGCGUAGGCCACCACAUCGAACACCUCCACUUCCACUUCGCCCACACGGACGCGACCUUUCUCCCGCCCCUGGUGCACCCGACCACCGGCCGCGAGAUCUCCUUCCUCUACACCCCGCACACGAGCAUGGCCUCCGUCCUCGCCAGGCCGAAAUACGCAAACACGGAGCUCGGCGAGAUCCUCACGCAGCAGUACCCGCCCCUCUUCCACGCCGCCACAAACGUCCCCAGCUUCAUCAACGCCCUGCGCUUCCUCACAAACAUCCGCCACCUCACCAUCCGCUGCCCGGGCCAGGACCCACAGGAGCGCUACCGCCGCGACAUUGUCGACUACGCCAUCAUGUCCCUCCGCAUCGCCGUCGAGCGCGCGCCUCUCGAACGCCUCGAGAAGCUCUCCCUGUCCGGCAUGCACCCCUCCUCCUUCAACUACCUCCGCCACGUCCCCGGCUUCGGCGCCGUUCCCUCCGCGGGCCGCCGCUGGAAGCAGAUCCGCAAGCUCAACAUCUCCGUCGAGGCCUGGGACUUUUACGGGCCCUCGCCGGGACUGGACCACCUCAAGAUCAUGGACGACUACAUCCGCCAGUUUUCCGGCACCCUUGAGAAGCUUCACUUCACCUGGCUCGGCCCCAAGGGCCCUUGCCCCAUCGCCCUCUCCGCGGACCCCCUUUUCGCGCCGCCCAAACACAGCAAGAAGCUCUUCGCGGAAGUGACGUCGCCCAUGUCGCCCUUGCCGCCGGCGCCGGCCCGGAAGCCGAUGCACUUCCCCCGCCUGCGGUACAUGCAGGUCCGCAACGCCACCAUGACGGCCGCCCAGCUCUCCGACCUGGUCGACGCGCACCAAAAGACAGUAAAGGAGUUCGACUUUGACAAUGUCGUGCUCAUCAACGGCGGCGACUGGGACGAGGCCCUCGCGCCGCUCAUGGAGAAGAACCACCCAUCAUCAUCGUCGUCGUCAUCCGGCCAUGGCCACGGCAGCGGCAGCGAAAUCUGGUCCCAGCACUCGCGGAGCAACUCCGAGGCCGGUAGCUUGCACUCGGACCCGGAGCCAUACCACGAUGAUGACCUACCAUCGCCGUCCGCCGCGGCGGCCGCUGCCACUCGAGAACUACUCGACUUUGACCUCGGCAGCGAAUUAUACGUUGACGAAGAACUAUUCGAUCCAUAUGACGGCCUCGACGAGGAUCUGGCUUCAGACCUCGCGGCCGCGAAGGAGGCCAGCACCUCCUUCAGCACAGUACUAAAGAAGAAGCGUGUCCACCGGCGCAGAAAGCACCGCAAGGACGACGGCGACAAGAACAACAACAAGGAGAGUAGCAGCUCAAAGGAGAGCCCAUCGCGGCACCACAGAAGCCGCAAACACAAACAUCACAGGGAGCAACCAUCCGUCCCAGAAGAGGACGACGUCUUCCGCCCUUCGACACCGGUGCCCAUUAUCACGGCGCCGAUUCAGGACAUGUCCCCGCACCCGGUUCUGCUCCAGCCGGCUGUGUACGACCCGAACGCUAGUCGGCUUUCAGACCCCAACGAUGGCAUCUCUUCGGUGCAACGCAACAUUGAACAAGAGGAGGCGCACCGCUUGCUGGCCGAGGACGCGGCGAUGCGGGUCAGCGCGCUCCGCAAGGCUAAGGCGGCGGUGCUGAUGAAGCUCUCGAGGGAGUUUAACCACCGCAAGGGUUCGCCAGCACCAGUAGCGAACAAGGACAGCUGCGGACUGCAGAUGCGGUUGAGAGAAGGGCUCUUUGGAAGGAGCUUCGUGAGCGUGCUACCAGACGAUCGGUCCAUGUCGAGCCAGUCGGCGCUGGUGCCGCUAAUGUUUACGAGAUCAUGA